CUCGACUUUCCGCAUUUUCCUCCGAUUUUCCCUCCGUGAUCUGCUUGCCGCUGCAACCACCCAGAUCAGACGUACAGGCUCCGCAACUGUCGCCAGCUGGAGCACAUACUCAUGCGUUCACCUACUAUGUUUAGCGCGUGAAGUGGACCAAUUGCCGAUGGUCAUGGAAAGAACGGGAGAGGGUCUAUGUUGCUAGUGCCGGUCUCGUCACUAAGUUAACCAGUCUCUAGCACGCUACGUAGCCUUUCACUCCUUCACUCCUAGGGCCAACAGUCAUGGUUGUGACAGCACGGUGGACAGCACGUUAGGUUGUGACAGCACGUUAGACGCAGUCCUGGUACGUCAGAUGAAAGCUCCUUGCUCUGGCCGCUUCUCAUUAUUCUCGUAGUUAUUAGGUUUCGAGCUUCCAGUUUCUCGCUGGAGCUUUCUGCUCUGUAGCUUCCUGAGACUGAACCCUUGCCUCUGCUGUAGCAGCAGGCGUCCUUCGUCGCCCGCUUUUCGGUGCAACUUCACGAGGGAUUUUCCCGUUUUGCUUUCUACCAUGGCGCUGGUUCAGAAGCCCGUAUCGGAUCACUCGGAAGACGAGGACAGCGCCUCGAACUGUUCGCUCGAUCUCGACACUCGCACGGGUGGUAACCCGUCGCACGCGGACACGGCGACGUCGUCGGCGUCUUCGUCAGCGUCGUCGUCGGAGAACCUGAUUUCGCUGCUGCCGGACGACUGCCUGGCGUCCGUGUUCCGCCAGCUGAACCCGGCGGACUUGGCGUCAUGCUCGCUCGUCUGCCGUAGAUGGAUGAGCACGGACUCCGAGUCUCGGUCGAACCUGUCGUUGCGCGCGGCGACGGAGCUGACGCAGCAGCUGCCGCGGCUGUUGGAGCGGUUCUGUGCGGUGCAGAAGCUGGUGCUGAAGUGCGACCGCAACGUGCAGAGCGUCGAUGACGCGGCGCUCACGCUAGUUGCGGAGCAGUGCCUGCUGCUGCGGAAACUGAAGCUCAAGAACUGCAAGCAGGUCACCGACGAGGGCAUGCAGCGCUUCACCCGCGCGUGCCCGCAUCUGCGCAAGUUCUCCGUGGGGGGCUGCGGCUUCGGCACGCGCGGACUCAACGCGCUGCUCUCAAACUGCCCGCUGCUGGAAGACCUCACGGUGAAACGGAGCAUGAAGCCCCCCGCGGAUCGUCCCCUCGAAGCGCUCACCCCCGCCAACCUCAAGCUGCGCCGCCUCUGCCUCAAGGACCAAUCAAACUCGCACAUCUGGACGCCGCUCCUCGAAGCCUGCGGCAAUCUCGAGACGCUUAUUCUGGCGCGCAACGGCGGGUACUGGGACCGCGUCUUAGAAUCUUCUCUCGGGCAGAAACGCCUGCCCGAGCUCUCGCAGGUGUAUCUGGAGCGGGUGCAGCUGACGGACCGCGGGCUGCAGGCCGUGGCGCGCUGCCCGAAGCUCGAGGCGCUCGUGGUGGUUCGCACCCCGGAUUGCACGGACGCGGGAAUGGCGGCGAUUGCGGCGGGAUGCACGGGGCUGCGGCGGCUCCACGUGGAAGGGUGGGCGCCGGGGCAUAUAGGCGACACGGGGUUAGGCGCCAUCGCGCGCUGCUGCCGGGAUCUGCAGGAGUUAGUUCUCGUGGCGCACUCGUGCACCGCGGCUAGUCUUAAACCGCUCGCGACGAACUGCCGCGGGCUGGAGCGAUUAACUCUCUGCUCCUCCUCCGCCAUGGGGGAUCUAGAAAUGGCGUGUCUGGCGUACGGGUGCCCGUCUCUCAGGCGCCUCUGCGUGAAAGGGUGCAGUCGGGUUACCGACCUCGGGAUUAUCGCGCUCGCGAACGGGUGCCCCUCGCUACAGCGGCUGAAAGUUCGCCGGUGCUUCAAUGUUACCCCGUCGUCGCUGGACUUUCUGCAGAAGCAGCGGCCCGGGCUGAGUAUCACGCAGGAGCGCACGCGAUCCUCCUCGUCCAGGGGGGAGCAUUCCGCCCAUAGGGGGGAGCAUCAUGGCGCACACGGCGGCGCAAACGGCGGCGCGCGUGGCGCCGCGAACGGCGCGGCGGGAGGAGGGGUGGUGAUUGCGGAGCCGGUUGAUGGGUUGAUGCUGGGCGGCGGAAGGCGCAGGGCGGGUGGCGCGGGGGGAGAGCACGGCGGAGCGCGUAGGGGCGAAGGCGCAGCAGCGGGGGAGCAACAGCGCUUAGUGCGCGACUUCCCCGGGGUGCACGGGCUGGGGCGCGCGGGCGCAAUGGGCGUGGGAGGGGGAGGCGCAUUUGGCGGAGGGGGGCAGGGGGGGCGCCACGACGAGGAGAGCGGCGGAGCGCGCACGCGCUUGGCUAUGAUGGCAACCACCUUGCGGAGGCUCAUAGGCGGAGGAGGCGGAGGAGGCGGGGGAGGGGGAGGUGCAAGCGGAGGGGCAGCAGGUGCGGAAAUCGGCGCGGGGGGCAGUAACGGCAGCGGAAGCAACCAGGCAAUUACCAGCAGCAUGAGCGCCGGCGCUAUUCUGGGUGGUUAUUUCUUAAACGAAGGUGACAAUAACGAGGGAGGAGGAGCAGUUGCAGCAGGAGGGGCCUUAGCUUCUAGCUCCUCCUUCCGCCAUGGCUUGGCGAUCGGAGGCAAUAGGAGCAUCGGGGUUAGCGCCAGUAGCGGCACGACGGGCGGGGGUGGGGGUAGCAUCUCGGCCGUUGGAUCUGGAGGCAUGGCUGGUGUGGGGCAUGUGGGUAGUAGCUCGAGUGCAGACCUUGCGGGGGCUAGCACUGGGCUGGGUAACGGCAGCUCUGCUGCUAGUACUGCUGCUGCUGCUGCUGGUGGUGAUGCUGCUAUUGGUGGUAAUCUAAGUCUAGGAGGCAGCAGAAGCGCCAGGAGUUUAAGAGCCAGCAGCAGUAGCAGUAGCAUGGAGGAUCAGGCAGGGCCUAGCGGCAGCGGUGGUGGUAACAGUAGCAUCAGCAGUGGUAACCACCGCUCGUUUUCGUUCAAUCUCGCGUCACUGCCCAUUUCCGGCAGUGGCAACAGCAGCAGCAGCGGCGGCGGCCUCAGCGGCAGCAGUAGCAGCGGCUUUGCACGGGCCACGGGAGGCCCCUCGUUAGUAUCACCGCGCGUGUUGUCACACUCCGGAGGUGGGUUGCCCCUGGCGUCCCCAUCCCUCUCUCUCUCCUCGUCUCUCUCCCUCUUCUCCCACCCACGGCGCCACUCUCCUCACUCUUCUGCGCCCUCUUCGUCCGCUGCUGCUGCUGCCAGCAGCAGCACCAGCAGCCACAGUGGUGGCAGCAGCAGCAGUAGUAGUAACAACACCAGCAGCCGUGUUGGCAGUGGUGGGGGUGGCGCUGGUGGCAGUGGUGUUGGUGGGAGCAAUGUUCGCGGGGGGUCGAGAGCAGCAGCAGCAUCAGCAGCAGCAGGAGCAGUAGCAGCAGGAGGGGGGCAGCAGUCGCACAGCAGGGACAAGCAGUACCAACCGCAGCAGCUUCCCCUGCUGCAACAAACCCUGCUACAGGCACUGCCGACGGUAGGUCCUCGUCUCAGUAGCAGCAGGAGGAGCAGCAGGGGGGCAGCAGUCGUUGCUGCGGCAGCCGCUGCAGUACCCAAUACGCCGGGACAAGCAGCAACAACAGUAGCAGCUAUCCCUGCUGCAACCAACCCCGCUACAGGCGCUGCUACAGGCACUACUCCAUCCGAGCAGCAGCAACAGCAACAGCAGCAGCAACAACAGCAGCAGCAACAGCAGCAGCAACAGCAGCAGCAGCAGCAGCAACAGCAACAGCAGCAGCAACAGCAGCAGCAGCAGCAGCAGCACAGCAGCAGCAGCAGCAGCAGCAGCACAGCAGCAGCAGCAGCAGCAGCAACAGCAGCAGCAACAGCAGCAGCAGCAGCAACAGCAGCAGCAGCAGCAACAGCAGCAGCAGCAGCAGCAGCAGCAGCAGCAGCAGCAGCAGCAACAGCAGCAGCAACAGCAGCAGCAACAGCAGCAGCAGCAGCAACAGCAGCAGCAGCAGCAGCAGGUUCAGCGGGGGAAGCAGGGGCAACAGCGGCAAGAUUGGGAGCAGCAGUGGCAGCGUCUUCAGCAGCAGCAGCAGAGGGGGUGAGGAACGGAGGAGGGAAGGUGGGUGGCCUUAGCAGGCAGGUCCAGCCACAAGGGUAAUCCAGAGGAUUGGCGUUGCAGAUUGGAGCAGCAGCAGGGGGGCAUAUUUUGAGCUGAAUCUCAAAAUACACAGCGCGGGGUGGUGCAGCAGACAGGCAUUGCAGAUUGCAGGAGCAGCAGGGAGGGGGGUGCGGGAGUGGAGGAGGGCUGGUGGCUCUAGUCGGAAGCGCCACCGCAAGGAUACUGCAGGCUGGGCCGCCGGGGGGUUGUUUAAAUUUGAAACGUUUCAAAACGCAACGCAAGGAUACUGCAGCGUGGGUGGGGAUACUGCGAAAGCGUCACUGCGGGGAUGCUGCAGGCUGGGUGGCCAGGGGGUGGUUUGGUUUUGAGACGUCUCAAAAAGCACGGAUACCGGGGGCUGGGCGGCCGGGGGUGGUUUAGAGGUGCUGCAGAUUGCAGGAUCAGUCUCCCUCUCUAUUUCUCUCACUCACUCACUCACUCGCAAAAUCUCUCCUUCCAUGCCUGUUUCCCCUCACUCACUCUCUCACUCUCCCUCACUCACUCUCUCACUCUCCCCCACUCACUCUCUCACUCUCCCUCACCCUCUCAACUUCUUUCCUCCCUUGCUCCAGCACCAACACACUUGUCACCAGCCACUCUCUCACUCCCAUUCCCUUCCCACCCCAGUUCUCCACACCCACUCUUUCCUCCACCCUUUUCUCAAAUAACUCCCAUAUGGAGCCGGCAUCCCCUCCCCUCCCCUCUGGUGGGUGGUGGGGCUGCAGCAGCUGAAGCCCCACCAGCUGUAGGAGCAGAAAUGUUGGGCUGGCGGAGCAGGCAGGGCUGAAGCCUCAGUUAUAGCAGGCAGAGCUGCCAGGAGUGGGAGUCCAUGCGAAGGCAGCCAAACCAAGACAGCAUAGGGUGUCUCCAAGAGUCUGGUCUGGUUCUCUGGUGGGCGAUUUUUUAGAUGACUCAGAAAUCACAUGGGUGUCCAUCCAAAGACGACAGUGUGGGGUAGUGCUAAGGGUUUGGUGCUCUGGUGGAAAACGGCUGUGGCUUUGUUCCUCGAGCGUUAUGCUUGUGCAUGUUUAGUCGUGCUUUUUGUUCAUUUUCUAGGGUUUCUCGCUUAAGGAUUCCACUCUGAAUGGUUUUUCGAAUUACCGGUACUGCAUGUGGAUAGGCCCUCACCUGUCUAGCGCGAAGCCAUGUGUUUCAAUUG